UAUUUGUUUGAAAAAAUAUUUACAGAAUAAUAUUUAAAAAAAAAUUAUUAGUUUUUAUUAAUUUUAUAUUUGUUAAGUUGUAUCAAAAUUUAACAAAAAAAAAAUAAUGAAUUAUCACUAUUUCCUGGUGUUAUUGUCGGUCAAUGUAUGGCUGGACACCGGUAUGUGUGACCAUCCAAUCAAUGAAGACGUGGACAACGAAAUCGACAAUUUGAUUGCCGAUAACGACCGGAUGGCUCUACCCUAUAGACGAUUACCCGAAUCGGCCGAUCGUUUUACAUAUGAAAUAUGCAAAAUCUUUUUCCAGAAAGAGCUAAAAAUUGCCGAUUAUUUGACCCAUAAAUACCAUUAUAAUCAACACUUGCGUGUAAUCGCUGCUAAUAUAACCUUAACUCGGAUGCGAUUGUUAAACAAAUUUUGUGAACUCGACAUCAAUUUUAUGAUCAAUUUGUUCAAAGUUGCCAAUAAAAAUUUAGGUGAAACCAGAGAGUAUACACACUAUGCCUUCCAGGCCUACCAAAGGGCCACUCAAUCCCAUACGGCUCUUAGUAUACCACAGAUUAUGUGUGUUUCUAAAAACUAUUACGAAAAAUAUACCAAUACUUUCCAUAAUCCGGAAUUUCGUCAAAUAUCUGCCGAAUCGCUGACAGCAAUGUCCGACUCAUGGAUGCCAUACCUAACCACUCAACUGAAACUUAACAACACAUUGGCUUCAAGUGAUUGUAAUUCAUUGAACACCACAUAUGAUCCAAAAGGACCCAAAUUUCGUGUUUCCAGACAAAUGGCAUUAUUUGACGUUUUGGACGCAUCGCUAAAAAUUUGAAUUUAAAUAAAAAUUUAAAUAAUUAUAAUUA